AUGGUGUCGGAUCUUGAUCUUCCAAGGGAUUUGUCGGAGGAGGUGCUGUCUCGAAUCCCUUUGACAUGCAUGAGAAAAGUCGGAUCUACUUGCAAAAAGUGGAACACUUUAUCCAAGAACAGAUUCUUUGCAAAUAAGCAUCUCCGUCAAGAGUCAGAAAAAGCCAAGGGCUUUAUGGUGGUGGUGAUGAUGGAUUACAGCGUUUACUUGAUGGAAGUCAAUCUUUCCGACAAGGACGUUGAGUCAUCAAGUAUAAAGCGCCACGGCAAACUUAUUUCAGAUCAAGUCGAUGUAUGCAAAGUGUUUCAUUGCGACGGUUUGUUGGUAUGCGUCUCGAGAGACCAAACAAGGCUGGUGGUUUGGAACCCGUAUUGUGGGAAACCCCUGUGGAUCAAGGCACCGCAUAGGCGCAAAAUAGUUAAGAGAUACUUGUAUGCCAUCGGGCACGACAAGAGCAGCAAUUCCCACAAAGUCUUAAGAUUUAGGGCUUAUUAUAGAAGACCCACUGAUUUCAGAAUCUACGACUUGAGCUCCGGUUCCAUGAAUUCAUGGAGGGUUCUUGAUAUCACUCCUCCAGACUGGAGGGUACAAGAUAUUCAUUCAGGGGUGUCUGUCAACGGAAAUGCCUACUGGCUUGCUUCCGAGUACGAGAAGUCAGACUUGGAGUAUGAAAGAACUUUCUUAGUCUGUUUUGAUUUCACUAGAGAGACAUUUGGGCCGCGGUUGCCUCUGCCGUUUGAGCAUUUCGCUCAUGAUACUGUGAGUCUGUCUCCUGUCACAGGAGGGAAGCUUGCGGUUUUGUUUCAGCCAUGGGAUUCUUUAAGGGUGAAGAUCUGGGUCACGAACAAGAUUGAGCCCGACGCCGUGUCUUGGGAAAGCAAGGUGUUCUUAUCAGUGAGUUUGAAAAAGUCCAUUCACCACAUGUUUCAGUUUAUGUAUACAGGUGGUAGCUUCUUCAUUGACGAGGAGAUGAAAGUCGCCGUGGUUUUCGAUGAAGAAUUCAAUCACCGUGAGCCUAUGUGCAACCUAGCUUACAUCAUUGGAGUGGAUGGAUCCUUGAAGAAAGUUAAUCUUGGAGAAUCUUCUCACCCACAGUUUCCUCCACAUGCCUGCUCUUAUCUUCCAAGUUUAUUCCAACCUAAUUAG